AUGGAUCCCGCCACGUCGUCCACGGCGCCGACGCCGACACCAGCGCCAACGACUUGGCUGCCGCCGCUGCUCACAACCGCCGUCCUUCUAUGGCUAUCCUGGAAACUAUGGAGAUUCCUCAAAUAUCCUCCACCGCCGUCAUUUCGCUACCGGUCGGUCGUCAUCCUCGUGCUCGGCGACAUUGGCAGGAGUCCUAGAAUGAUGUACCACGCCGAGAGCUUUGCACGAAUCCCAUUUGAAACGUAUCUCAUUGGAUAUGGAGGUUCAGAGCCCAUACCAUCGCUGAGGCGCGUGCCUCACGUACAUUUCGUCUACCUUUCCGAACCACCCUCUUUCCUCUCGAAAAUUCCUUUUGUCAUCUCCGCACCAUUCAAAAUCGGCCUGCAGAUUGCUAGCAUUCUGUAUGCGCUGUUAUUCCAAGUUAUCAACCCGCCGGAAUUCAUACUCGUGCAGAACCCACCUAGUAUACCCACCUUGGCUAUGGUAUGGCUCAUCAGUCGCAUACGAGGCAGCAAGGUAAUUAUCGACUGGCACAACCUCGGAUACACUAUCCUCGCGCUCAAGCUCGGCGACAAGCACUUGUUCGUGAGGUUAGCAAAGAAAUUUGAGGCCGUCUUCGGGAGAGUUGCUUAUGCGCAUUUGUUUGUCACCCAAGCUAUGCAUGAUUUCCUGGUGAAGGAGUGGGACCUUGUUGGUAUCAAGGCAAUCCUGCACGACAGACCGCCAAAACACUUUCGCAGGAUGUCUGCCCAAAGUGUCCACCGUCUAUUCCGCGAGCUAGCGCCUCAUUUCACGCAAGCUCCCCUUGCUGGCUUCGUCCCUCCCUUCUCCCUGCCGUACUCUACACCGUUUACUACGACCCCGUCGGCUCCCCAUUCUAAACCACCAACGUCUUCAGCGCAGUCAGACUCGUCGGGAACGUACGACAAAGUAUCCCCGCCCGAAAUGCGCUCCGAUCGCCCUGCAUUAAUCGUCUCCAGCACAUCCUGGACCCCCGACGAAGACUUCAGCAUCCUUCUCCGCGCACUAGACUCAUAUGAAAAGAAAGCACGGAAGGCAAAUACCCCAUCCAAAUCGGGAAAGAAAUUACCCAAGUUGGUCGUGAUAAUAACGGGCAAAGGACCUCAGAAAGCCAUGUAUAUGGAAAAGCUUCACAAGCUCCAAACAGGUAAAGGGGGAGAAGGCUGGAAAUGGGUACGGUGCAUUAGCAUGUGGCUAGAAGCGAAGGACUAUCCAAUACUAUUGGGCUCUGCGGAUUUAGGUGUAUGUCUUCACUCGAGUUCUUCUGCCCUUGAUCUUCCUAUGAAAGUGGUCGAUAUGUUUGGCUGCGGGCUUCCUGUAUGCGCUUUGGACUUCCCCUGCCUUCAUGAACUAGUCAAGGAGGGGAUCAAUGGGGUCACAUUCCAAACUGCAGAACAACUCGCCGAUCGGUUUGAGGAGCUUCUAUCUUCCUUCCCGAACGCGCCAGCCUUGGCUGCCCUCCGUUUAUCACUACACGAAUCAUCUCACCCACCUCCUGGUACUCCCCCACCCCCACGGCGAAGAGGCAAAGAAGACGUUCAUUGGGAAUGGGGCACUUGGGAUGACAACUGGAACAAGGUCGUACGUCCCAUUAUCUUGAACGAUGUAACAAAAGAGGAUGCAUGGUGGUGA